AUGUAUUACAUACAAUCUAUCUAUCUAUCACUCUAUCUAAAUGUAUUACAUACAAUCUAUCUAUCACUUUUUUUUCUAAAUGUAUUACAUACAAUCUAUCUAUCUCUCACUCUUUCUCUGAAUGUAUUACAUACAAUCUAUCUAUCUAUCUCUCACUCUUUUCUAAAUGUAUUACAUACAAUCUAUCUAUCUCUCCUAAAUGUAUUACAUACAAUCUUUCUCUGUAUUACAAUCUAUCUAUCACUCUCUUUUUCUCUAAAUGUAUUACAUACAAUCUAUCUAUCUAUCUCUCACUCUCUUUCUCUAAAUGUAUUACAUACAAUCUAUCUAUCUAUCUCUCACUCUCUUUCUCUAAAUGUAUUACAUACAAUCUAUCUAUCACUCUCUUUUUCUAAAUGUAUUACAUACAAUCUAUCUAUCUCUCACUCUCUUUCUCUAAAUGUAUUACAUACAAUCUAUCUAUCACUCUCUUUUUCUAAAUGUAUUACAUACAAUCUAUCUAUCACUCUCUUUUCUAAAAUGUAUUACAUAUCUCUCCUCUCAAUCUAUCUAUCUCUCUAUCUAUCUAUCUUUCUCUAA